AUGAGUAACCAGAUCGAAAAGGCGUGUAUCGUGAACCUGGAGGGCGUAUACUAUAUGCUGUUGGAAUUCUGCAGAGGUAGAGAAAUACAUGAUCCGCCCCGCUCCGCUCCGCUGUGGAUCUGUGAUGCGGAUAUGACACCCUACUUGAACUUCACUCUCCAACAGCAAUGUGUUUUCGAUAGCGUGACCAUGUUCGGGACAAUUGGUGUUCCCAUGGCAUCUUUCCUUGCGUCUCAUGUUGUCCAAUACAGUCUGUCACACACCCCACCGUUUCCAUGGAAGAAGCAUUUUAUUCUUGAACUAUAUGUGAACUGCGUCAACUGA